UGCUGUGAUCGUCGAACUCGACAGAUCGACAUCGACCCCCUUCGAGCCUCUGAAGAUCCCCCUGAUGACAUUGGAGUGAGUCCCAGCGUGAAAAAUAAAAAUCACCUGCGUCUACGAUGGUGAGGACCUCUCGACACGCGAAAUUUCCUCGGGGGUAUUAAAUGUAAUGAAGACCUGAGCGUCGCUUACACUAGAAAAAAUCGUGUUUUAUCUGCCGGCGGUUCAUUUAUGGUGUCUACAGUUAAAAUUCCCACCUCGCUGUUGUUAUUUUUACAUCCAGAAGGUGUAACUAUCCCGACGGUCAUGAAGAAAUGUUAACAAAGUGCAAAAAACUAAAUCUGUGCGGAUAAACAAAGAAUUUUUUUAAGACAAAUUUCUUCUAUCGAAAUGACAGGAACGGAGGAAAAUCAGCCCCUGAUCAGCACCUCCACCCCAUCUACGAGCACCCAGAGGACGUCAUAUGAUUCUGUUGUCUUCACGAAGGGAAAUGGACAUCACCCGGAGACUCACAGUCCCAGCACUGGCGAUGUUCUCCGAAUGGAGCCAGUGGUUUCAAAUAAUGAAAUUCAUCCUCUGUCAGUUACUGAUGACAGAAUCACCUACACCUGGAGUGACGUGAAUGUCUACUAUACGACGCGCAAUGGUAAAGCCUGGGACCGAGUCUUCAGAAGGAAUAAACCAGUUGAGCAGAGGCAUAUUCUCAAAGACGCCUGUGGUGUGGCAUAUCCCGGUGAACUGCUGGUGAUAAUGGGUUCAUCAGGAGCUGGAAAAACGACUCUAUUAAAUGCCCUGACAUUUCGCUCGUCCCGGGGCAUAACAGUCUCGGGGACGAUGGCAGCGAAUGGCCGACGAGUGACAUCGAGUGUGCUCACGUCAAGAACAGCUUAUGUACAGCAGGACGAUUUAUUUGUCGGUACUCUCACUGUAGAAGAGCAUCUGCUCUUUCAAGCUAUGGUGCGAAUGGAUCGGCAUAUACCGUAUAAACAAAGGGUCAAGAGGGUCAACGACGUCAUAUCAGAAUUGGCCCUCACAAAAUGCAAGGAUACGAUAAUCGGUAUUCCCGGACGAGUGAAAGGGCUGUCCGGUGGUGAAAUGAAACGAUUGUCAUUUGCUUCUGAGGUACUCACGGAUCCUCCUCUGAUGUUCUGCGAUGAACCAACGUCAGGACUGGACUCCUUCAUGGCACAUCAGGUGGUGUCCGUGCUGAAGGCCCUCGCAGCUAGAGGGAAAACGAUCAUCGCGACUCUUCAUCAGCCGUCUUCUGAGCUGUUUGCACUCUUCGACAAGAUUCUCCUCAUGGCCGAAGGGCGGGUCGCAUUCAUGGGCACCCCUGAACAGGCUUACGCAUUUUUUAAAACAAUGGGAGCUGUCUGUCCCAGUAAUUACAAUCCCGCUGAUUAUUUCGUACAAGUCUUGGCGGUGGUGCCAGGACGCGAGGCAUCCUGCAGGCACACCAUCAACGCCGUCUGCGAUGCGUUUCAAAGAAGUGACAAUGGAACUAAAAUCGCACUAGAGGCGGAAACGAUUCAAGGAGAAUUCGAAGAGUCCUUAAGGGUAUCGGAGGGGAAGGACAGUGGACAAUCACCUUACAAGGCGUCCUGGUGCGAGCAAUUUCGCGCAGUUCUCUGGAGGUCAUGGUUAUCAGUAAUCAAGGAACCCAUUCUCAUCAAAGUUAGACUACUGCAGACGUUUAUGGUGUCUCUGUUAAUCGGAGUUAUCUACUAUGGACAAAAGCUAGAUCAGGACGGGGUGAUGAACAUCAAUGGCGCCCUUUUUAUUUUCCUGACAAACAUGACCUUUCAGAACGUUUUUGCUGUUAUCAGUGUAUUCUGCGCCGAACUGCCCAUAUUCCUUCGUGAACACAGGAAUGGAAUGUAUCGUACAGAUAUUUAUUUCAUCUGUAAAACCCUCGCGGAGGCGCCAAUCUUCGUGGCGGUUCCUUUUCUCUUCACGACAAUCGUCUACCCGAUGGUCGGAUUAUAUCCUGGGAUCGAUCACUUCUUCAUCGCUGCUGGGAUCAUGACACUCAUCGCAAAUGUCGCCACUUCAUUCGGAUACCUCAUCUCCUGCGUAAGCACGAAUAUUUCUAUGGCUCUGUCGGUUGGUCCGCCUGUUAUCAUUCCCUUCCUGCUGUUUGGUGGAUUUUUCCUGAAUACAGCAUCUGUUCCCAUCUACUUCGAAUGGUUCUCCUACCUGUCAUGGUUUCGCUACGGUAAUGAGGCACUACUAAUUAACCAGUGGUCCGAGGUUGAAACAAUAGCCUGCACGCGCAGUAAUGCGACCUGUCCCAAAACCGGUCGCAUGGUUCUGCAAACCUACAACUUCAGCGAGGGAGACUUUAAUAUGGACAUCAUCGCCCUGUGUGCCCUCAUAAUCAGCUUCAGGUUCUUCGCGUUUUUGGCGUUAUUGUCGAAAACAUUCCGGAAGACUUCACAAAAUUUUCUUAUUUAUUUACUCGGAAUAAUGGAAUCGCUGGAAGAUCGAGAAUCCAAAGGACUUUUAAUGAGUUCGGCGACCCUUGGGAGUUCGGGGGAGAACCGGGGUGUCACUCUAUCCUGGAGGGAUUUAUCGGUUUAUGCUCUGGAUCGAGGAAGCAACAGUAUUUGCAAACAGUUAAUUAAUAACGUUCGUGGAGUUCUGAAACCCGGAGAUUUAACUGCGAUAUUGGGCGGGAGUGGAGCAGGAAAAAGUUCUCUCAUGACUGCACUUGCUUAUCGAACUGCUCCUGGGGUAAUAGUUCACGGAGAUAUAAGAGUAAAUGGGCACUCAGUGAACUCCAGGUACAUGAAACAUCACAGUGGAUUCAUGCAUCAAGAGGAUAUUUUCAUCGGUACGAUGACGUUGCUGGAGCACCUCUGGUUCAUGGCCAGAAUGAAGCUGGACCGGAGGAUGGCGAGUCGAGAUAUUCGAGAGAAGAUCUCAAAUUUACUGCGAGACGUGGGAUUGGUCGACAGGUCUGGCGUUAGAAUUGGGGCCAUUGGAGAUGACAAAGUGUUAUCCGGAGGCGAGAAAAAAAGACUGGCAUUUGCAACUGAACUUCUCACCGAUCCGAAAAUUCUUUUCCUGGACGAACCAACGACGGGCCAGGACUCUAACUCAGCAACAGUCCUCAUUUCACAUUUGACAGCUUUUGCAAAUCGAGGGAGAACAGUACUCUGCACUAUUCAUCAACCUAGCUCAGCUAUUUUUGAUAAUUUUCAUCGAAUCAUUCUCGUGGCUGAUGGCAGAAUUGCCUUCGCUGGGACUAGAGAUCAAGCCCUCCUGUUCUUUUCAAGACAGGGGUACGAAUGCCCGAGUAACUACAAUCCUGCUGAUUUUCUCGUUGCAACACUUGCGAUAGCCCCCAGGGAUGAGGACAGUAGCAGAAGAGCAGCUCAAAGAGUUUGUGAUGCAUUUUUAACUAGUGAUUCUUGCAAAGAGAUAGACGUCACUUUGCAACUAGAACUUCAUAUCUCAAAGGCUUACGACUGGACCAACGAUGUUUUUCACGCCGAUUUUAAACAUCCAAGAUGGUGGACAAGACUCUUCUGGCUGACUCACCGAGGUGUAUUCCAGGUUCUGCGUGAUCCCUCCCUCCAGUUUAUCAGAAUCCUCCAAAAGCUGUGCGUGGCUACAAUGGCUGGAUUAUGCUUCGUCGGAGCGGUUAGUCUGAAUCAACUGGGUGUCCAAGCAGUCCAGGGUGUCCUUUUCAUUCUCGUGACUGAGAACACGUUCUUCCCAAUGUACGCAACACUCUCCCUGUUCCCGCAAGAAUUGCCUCUAUUCCUUCGGGAAAAUCGAGCUGGAAUGUACUCGACUCAUCUCUAUUACAUCUCUCGCUUGAUUUCGCUGUUUCCAGGAUUGAUAAUUGAACCUGUCGCCUUCACGAUGAUCAUCUACUGGUUAGCAGGUCUCAGAAAUACUGCAGAAGCCUUCGGGCUCACUCUUCUUGUAACAAUCUUCACCAUGAACGUCUCAACAGCUUGUGGAUGUUUCUUUUCCGCUGCAUUCGAGACGGUCCCUUUGGCAAUGGCAUAUCUCGUGCCCUUCGAUUAUAUCCUGAUGAUCACAAUGGGGCCUUUCAUUAAAUUAAGUUCACUUCCACUGUACGUCAAGUGGGUCAGAUACAUCUCUUGGUUACUUCAUUCAACUGAAGCCCUCACCAUAGUGCAAUGGCAGGGGGUCCAGAAUAUCUCUUGUGACUCCACGACCCCCAAGCUCGACCUGCCAUGUGUCACUGAUGGAUCUGAGGUCAUGGAAAUGUACGACUUUGACGAGACCCACUUCUGGCUGGAUCUCCUCUCGAUGGCGAUUUUAUCCACUUGUUUCCAUCUACUGGGGUAUCUGUGUUUAUGGAGAAGGUGUCGAGACAAACAUUAA